UUUUACGUCACGCCCGAGUGCACGACGGUCUGGGAGCGCGCAGGGCCGAGGCUUCUCUGUCCAUCAAAUAAUAUGUAAAUUGUCCUAAUCUGCCGGCCAGAUUUCGCGUCGGUACCGCCACAGAAACGGAUUUUCAUUCCGACUCUGGCCGUGUGAUUUGUGGAAGGUUUGAAGGUGAAGGUGUCUGGGGGUGACGGGUCAGGGGGCGGGGCGUAGCGGCGGCGACGGGCUGACUGGAGUCUGUUGGUCGCAGAUCGGGAUCCAAGCUCUGCUCGCAGUCAUCGCGCGUCGAAAGAAAAAUCUUGGUUACGAGCCGCCCGUGUUUUAACUUGAACAGUACCUAUCGGCCUGGAUGCAUGACUGUCCCUCCUGAUCCCUAACCUGUUGAUCACCCGUUUAUCAAGCUUAUGUAAGCUUAUCAAGUCAUAGUUCCCAAGUUUCUGAUGGCGUCCGUGGGAUUAAAGCGGGAAGGGCCGCAGUUUAUCAGUGAGCUGGCAGUUCGUGGUAACGCUGCCAUCCUGGACUAUUGCCGCACGUCCGUGUCUGCUCUGUCGGGAGCCACAGCUGGGAUCCUGGGUCUGACCGCACUGAUGGGUUUUGUCUUUUACUUUGUUGCUUCCUUCCUGCUCUCCGUGCUGCUGUUCGUGAAAGCUGGCCGGCACUGGAGCAAGUACUUCAAAUCACGCCGCCCCCUCUUCACCGGGGGCCUGGUGGGUGGCCUCUUCACCUACAUCCUCUUCUGGACCUUCCUGUAUGGCAUGGUGCACGUAUACUGAAGGUGGACGGGGAGGAAAGGCUCCCCUUCGCUGGCACCUGGGACUCGUUCACUCGCCUUCACCAAUCUCUCAGUUUAAACACAUCACCAGCUUCAUCGCGACACUAACGGAUUUGCACCAAGUUCCACUUUAGGUUUCUGUUAAGUUUUUGCGUGGUUUUCAUUAGUAUGUUUUAAUGAUCAUUUCUGACCCAGGGCAAACCUGGAAAAGUGACCAAGGAAUUUGAGGAUUUAUCAGCCGAGCUGUUGGGGACUUGUUCCUCUGUCGUCCUCCCUCCCCAAUGUGAGGAGGCGUGUCAGGAAUGAUCAAUCCUUUUACUGUUACUGUGAAAGAUAUUUGUAAUCCAUAGCAGGGGGUUCUCCCCCCGCUACCCCCUCCCCAUUCUGCCACCAUUUGCUGUUUAAAAAAUCAGGCAGGCAGUAACUUGAAGCAAAACUCUGCAAGCCUCUGUUAGCAGUUUCUGCUUUUGGGGCUCUGAUGCAAGUUGGGGUCACCCAUCUGCAGCGUCUCAGCUUCAAGGUCCUGUGUGAAUGCGUAGCACCCUUUCCAGCAUUGAGGUGAAUGGUGGGGAUUUGCACCUCGACGUUCGGGCACUGAGGGUCCCCCUUUGUGUGUUCAGCUGACAGGAUCUUACAGGGAGAUCAGUGCAGUGCUCCUGUGGAAACAAGUUAAUCGAUGGAAAGGCAGUUUUACUGAGGGAGUGUUGUGGAGACUUGUGAUACGACACUUGGGUUCGCUGAUUGAGAGUUGGGACGAUGAUGACAAUGCCAGAGAGGUGGGGAGAGGAAAACGUGGCUUCAGUUUCAGUCACAGCACAUUUUAGAAUUUGAGAAUCAAGGAUUUCCCAUUAAAUAGGUUUGUCACUACUGAUGGUAACUGGUUCAUCUUUAACAAGGCAGCUGAUUUGUGGGAACCAGUGGAUGCUUGAAUUUGUAAAUAACAUUGUCUUAAUUUGCGUUUGCAGGCUGGGAGCCUGUCAUAAGAAUAAAUGACCAUUCACCU